AUGCCCGCAGAACCACAAGACGCCCGCAGAACCACAAGACACCCGCAGAACCACAAGACGCCCGCAGAACCACAAGACGCCCGCAGAACCACAAGACGCCCGCAGAACCACAAGACGCCCGCAGAACCACAAGACGCCCGCAGAACCACAAGACGCCCGCAGAACCACAAGACGCCCGCAGAACCACAAGACGCCCGCAGAACCACAAGACGCCCGCAGAACCACAAGACGCCCGCAGAACCACAAGACGCCCACAGAACCACAAGACGCCCGCAGAACCACAAGACGCCCGCAGAACCACAAGACGCCCGCAGAGCCACAAGACGCCCGCAAACCCAGAAGACGCCCGCAGAACCAGAAGACGCCCGCAGAACCAGAAGACGCCCGCAGAACCACAAGAUGCCCGCAGACCCAGAAGACACCCGCAGAGCCAGAAGACGCCCGCAGAGCCAGAAGACGCCCGCAGAGCCAGAAGACGCCCGCAGAGCCAGAAGAUGCCCGCAGAGGCAGAAGACGCCUGCAGAGCCAGAAGACGCCCGCAGAGCCAGAAGACGCCCGCAGAACCAGAAGACGCCCGCAGAACCACAAGAUGCCCGCAGACCCAGAAGACGCCCGCAGAGCCAGAAGACGCCCGCAGAACCAGAAGACGCCCGCAAAACCAGAAGACGCCCGCAGAACCAGAAGACGCCCCCAGAACCAGAAGACGCCCCCAGAACCAGAAGACGCCCGCAGAACCAGAAGACGCCCGCAGAACCAGAAGACGCCCCCAGAACCAGAAGACGCCCCCAGAACCAGAAGACGCCCGCAGAACCAGAAGACGCCCGCAGAACCAGAAGAUGCUGCGCGGACCUGGCUGCUCCGAAGGCACGGCCAGAGCGAGACCAGGGAAGGCACGGCCAGAGCGAGACCAGGGAAGGCUCGGCCAGAGCGAGACCAUGGAAGGCACGGCCAGAGCGAGACCAGGGAAGGCACGGCCAGAGCGAGACCAGCGAAGGUACGGCCAGAGCGAGACCAGGGAAGGCACGGCCUGAGCGAGACCAGGGAAGGCACGGCCGGAGCGAGACCAGGGAAGGCACGGCCGGAGCGAGACCAGGAAAGGCACGGCCAGAGCGAGACCAGGGAAGGCACGGCCAGAGCGAGACCAGGGAAGGCACGGCCAGAGCGAGACCAGGGAAGGCACGGCCAGAGCGAGACCAGGGAAGGCACGGCCAGAGCGAGACCAGGGAAGGCACGGCCAGAGCGAGACCAGGGAAGGCACGGCCAGAGCGAGACCAGGGAAGGCUCGGCCAGAGCGAGACCAGGGAAGGCUCGGCCAGAGCGAGACCAGGGAAGGCACGGCCAGAGCGAGACCAGGGAAGGCUCGGCCAGAGCGAGACCAGGGAAGGCUCGGCCAGAGCGAGACCAGGGAAGGCACGGCCAGAGCGAGACCAGGGAAGGCUCGGCCAGAGCGAGACCAGCGAAGGCUCGGCCAGAGCGAGACCAGCGAAGGCACGGCCAGAGCGAGACCAGGGAAGGCUCGGCCAGAGCGAGACCAGCGUAGGCACGGCCAGAGCGAGACCAGCGAAGGCACGGCCAGAGCGAGACCAGCGAAGGCACGGCCAGAGCGAGACCAGCGAAGGCACGGCCAAAGCGAGACCAGCGAAGGCACGGCCAGAGCGAGACCAGCGAAGGCACGGCCAGAGCGAGACCAGCGAAGGCACGGCCAGAGCGAGACCAGCGAAGGCACGGCCAGAGCGAGACCAGCGAAGGCACGGCCAGAGCGAGACCAGCGAAGGCACGGCCAGAGCGAGACCAGCGAAGGCACGGCCAGAGCGAGACCAGCGAAGGCACGGCCAGAGCGAGACCAGGGAAGGCACGGCCACAGCGAGACCAUGGAAGGCACGGCCACAGCGAGACCAGGGAAGGCACGGCAAGAGCGAGACCAGGGAAGGCACGGCCGGAGCGAGACCAGCGAAGGCACGGCCGGAGCGAGACCAGGGAAGGCACGGCCAGAGCGAGACCAGGGAAGGCACGGCCAGAGCGAGACCAGGGAAGGCACGGCCAGAGCGAGACCAGGGAAGGCACGGCCAGAGCGAGACCAGGGAAGGCACGGCCAGAGCGAGACCAGGGAUGGCACGGCCAGAGCGAGACCAGCGAAGGCACGGCCAGAGCGAGACCAGCGAAGGCACGGCCAGAGCGAGACCAGCGAAGGCACGGCCAGAGCGAGACCAGCGAAGGCACGGCCAGAGCGAGACCAGCGAAGGCACGGCCAGAGCGAGACCAGCGAAGGCACGGCCAGAGCGAGACCAGCGAAGGCACGGCCAGAGCGAGACCAGGGAAGGCUCGGCCAGAGCGAGACCAGGGAAGGCGCGGUCAGAGCGAGACCAGGGAAGGCGCGGCCAGAGCGAGACCAGGGAAGGCGCGGCCAGAGCGAGACCAGGGAAGGCACGGCCAGAGCGAGACCAGCGAAGGCACGGCCAGAGCGAGACCAGCGAAGGCACGGCCAGAGCGAGACCAGGGAAGGCACGGCCAGAGCGAGACCAGGGAAGGCACGGCCAGAGCGAGACCAGCGAAGGCUCGGCCAGAGCGAGACCAGGGAAGGCACGGCCAGAGCGAGACCAGGGAAGGCACGGCCAGAGCGAGACCAGGGAAGGCACGGCCAGAGCGAGACCAGGGAAGGCACGGCCAGAGCGAGACCAGGGAAGGCACGGCCAGAGCGAGACCAGCGAAGGCACGGCCAGAGCGAGACCAGGGAAGGCACGGCCAGAGCGAGACCAGCGAAGGCACGGCCAGAGCGAGACCAGCGAAGGCACGGCCAGAGCGAGACCAGCGAAGGCACGGCCAGAGCGAGACCAGCGAAGGCUCGGCCAGAGCGAGACCAGGGAAGGCACGGUCAGAGCGAGACCAGGGAAGGCACGGCCAGAGCGAGACCAGGGAAGGCACGGCCAGAGCGAGACCAGGGAAGGCACGGCCAGAGCGAGACCAGGGAAGGCACGGCCAGAGCGAGACCAGCGAAGGCACGGCCAGAGCGAGACCAGCGAAGGUACGGCCAGAGCGAGACCAGGGAAGGCACGGCCAGAGCGAGACCAGGGAAGGCACGGCCAGAGCGAGACCAGCGAAGGCACGGCCAGAGCGAGACCAGGGAAGGCACGGCCAGAGCGAGACCAGCGAAGGCACGGCCAGAGCGAGACCAGGGAAGGCACGGCCAGAGCGAGACCAGGGAAGGCACGGCCAGAGCGAGACCAGGGAAGGCACGGCCAGAGCGAGACCAGCGAAGGCACGGCCAGAGCGAGACCAGCGAAGGCACGGCCAGAGCGAGACCAGGGAAGGCACGGCCAGAGCGAGACCAGCGAAGGCACGGCCAGAGCGAGACCAGCGAAGGCACGGCCAGAGCGAGACCAGGGAAGGCACGGCCAGAGCGAGACCAGCGAAGGCUCGGCCAGAGGAAGACCAGGGAAGGCACGGCCAGAGCGAGACCAGGGAAGGCACGGCCAGAGCGAGACCAGGGAAGGCACGGCCAGAGCGAGACCAGGGAAGGCACGGCCAGAGCGAGACCAGCGAAGGCACGGCCAGAGCGAGACCAGCGAAGGCACGGCCAGAGCGAGACCAGCGAAGGCACGGCCAGAGCGAGACCAGCGAAGGCACGGCCAGAGCGAGACCAGCGAAGGCACGGCCAGAGCGAGACCAGCGAAGGCACGGCCAGAGCGAGACCAGCGAAGGCACGGCCAGAGCGAGACCAGGGAAGGCACGGCCAGAGCGAGACCAGGGAAGGCACGGCCAGAGCGAGACCAGGGAAGGCACGGGCAGAGCGAGACCAGCGAAGGCACGGCCAGAGCGAGACCAGCGAAGGCACGGCCAGAGCGAGACCAGCGAAGGCACGGCCAGAGCGAGACCAGCAAAGGCACGGCCAGAGCGAGACCGGCGAAGGCACGGCCAGAGCGAGACCAGCGAAGGCACGGCCAGAGCGAGACCAGCGAAGGCACGGCCAGAGCGAGACCAGCGAAGGCACGGCCAGAGCGAGACCAGGGAAGGCACGGCCAGAGCGAGACCAGCGAAGGCACGGCCAGAGCGAGACCAGCGAAGGCUCGGCCAGAGCGAGACCAGGGAAGGCACGGCCAGAGCGAGACCAGCGAAGGCACGGCCAGAGCGAGACCAGGGAAGGCACGGCCAGAGCGAGACCAGCGAAGGCACGGCCAGAGCGAGACCAGCGAAGGCACGGCCAGAGCGAGACCAGCGAAGGCACGGCCAGAGCGAGACCAGGGAAGGCACGGCCAGAGCGAGACCAGCGAAGGCACGGCCAGAGCGAGACCAGGGAAGGCACGGCCAGAGCGAGACCAGGGAAGGCACGGCCAGAGCGAGACCAGCGAAGGCACGGCCAGAGCGAGACCAGGGAAGGCACGGCCAGAGCGAGACCAGCGAAGGCACGGCCAGAGCGAGACCAGGGAAGGCACGGCCAGAGCGAGACCAGGGAAGGCACGGUCAGAGCGAGACCAGGGAAGGCACGGCCAGAGCGAGACCAGCGAAGGCACGGCCAGAGCGAGACCAGCGAAGGCACAGCCAGAGCGAGACCAGCGAAGGCACAGCCAGAGCGAGACCAGCGAAGGCACGGCCAGAGCGAGACCAGGGAAGGCACGGCCAGAGCGAGACCAGGGAAGGCACGGCCAGAGCGAGACCAGCGAAGGCACGGCCAGAGCGAGACCAGCGAAGGCACGGCCAGAGCGAGACCAGGGAAGGCACGGCCAGAGCGAGACCAGGGAAGGCACGGCCAGAGCGAGACCAGCGAAGGCUCGGCCAGAGCAAGACCAGGGAAGGCACGGCCAGAGCGAGACCAGGGAAGACACGGCCAGAGCGAGACCAGGGAAGGCACGGCCAGAGCGAGACCAGGGAAGGCACGGCCAGAGCGAGACCAGCGAAGGCACGGCCAGAGCGAGACCAGCGAAGGCACGGCCAGAGCGAGACCAGGGAAGGCACGGCCAGAGCGAGACCAGGGAAGGCACGGCCAGAGCGAGACCAGCGAAGGCACGGCCAGAGCGAGACCAGCGAAGGCACGGCCAGAGCGAGACCAGCGAAGGCACGGCCAGAGCGAGACCAGCGAAGGCACGGCCAGAGCGAGACCAGGGAAGGCACGGCCACAGCGAGACCAGCGAAGGCACGGCCAGAGCGAGACCAGGGAAGGCACGGCCAGAGCGAGACCAGCGAAGGCACGGCCAGAGCGAGACCAGCGAAGGCACGGCGAGAGCGAGACCAGCGAAGGCACGGCCAGAGCGAGACCAGCGAAGGCACGGCCAGAGCGAGACCAGCGAAGGCACGGCCAGAGCGAGACCAGCGAAGGCACGGCCAGAGCGAGACCAGCGAAGGCACGGCCAGAGCGAGACCAGCGAAGGCACGGCCAGAGCGAGACCAGCGAAGGCACGGCCAGAGCGAGACCAGGGAAGGCACGGCCAGAGCGAGACCAGCGAAGGCUCGGCCAGAGCGAGACCAGGGAAGGCACGGCCAGAGCGAGACCAGGGAAGGCACGGCCAGAGCGAGAAAAGCGAAGGCACGGCCAGAGCGAGACCAGGGAAGGCACGGCCAGAGCGAGACCAGCGAAGGCACGGCCAGAGCGAGACCAGGGAAGGCACGGCCAGAGCGAGACCAGGGAAGGCACGGCCAGAGCGAGACCAGGGAAGGCACGGCCAGAGCGAGACCAGGGAAGGCACGGCCAGAGCGAGACCAGGGAAGGCACGGCCAGAGCGAGGCCAGCGAAGGCACGGCCAGAGCGAGACCAGGGAAGGCACGGUCAGAGCGAGACCAGGGAAGGCACGGCCAGAGCGAGGCCAGGGAAGGCACGGCCAGAGCGAGGCCAGGGAAGGCACGGCCAGAGCGAGGCCAGGGAAGGCACGGCCAGAGCGAGACCAGCGAAGGCACGGUCAGAGCGAGACCAGGGAAGGCACGGCCAGAGCGAGACCAGCGAAGGCACGGCCAGAGCGAGACCAGGGAAGGCACGGCCAGAGCGAGACCAGGGAAGGCACGGCCAGAGCGAGACCAGGGAAGGCUCGGCCAGAGCGAGACCAGCGAAGGCACGGCCAGAGCGAGACCAGCGAAGGCACGGCCAGAGCGAGACCAGCGAAGGCACGGCCAGAGCGAGACCAGCGAAGGCACGGCCAGAGCGAGACCAGCGAAGGCACGGCCAGAGCGAGACCAGCGAAGGCACGGCCAGAGCGAGACCAGCGAAGGCACGGCCAGAGCGAGACCAGCGAAGGCACGGCCAGAGCGAGACCAGGGAAGGCACGGGCAGAGCGAGACCAGCGAAGGCACGGCCAGAGCGAGACCAGGGAAGGCACGGCCAGAGCGAGACCCGGGAAGGCACGGCCAGAGCGAGACCAGGGAAGGCACGGCCAGAGCGUGACCAGCGAAGGCACGGCCAGAGCGAGACCAGGGAAGGCACGGCCAGAGCGAGACCAGGGAAGGCACGGCCAGAGCGAGACCAGCGAAGGCACGGCCAGAGCGAGACCAGGGAAGGCACGGUCAGAGCGAGACCAGCGAAGGCACGGCCAGAGCGAGACCAGCGAAGGCACGGCCAGAGCGAGACCAGCGAAGGCACGGCCAGAGCGAGACCAGCGAAGGCACGGCCAGAGCGAGACCAGCGAAGGCACGGCCAGAGCGAGACCAGGGAAGGCACGGCCAGAGCGAGACCAGCGAAGGCACGGCCAGAGCGAGACCAGCGAAGGCACGGCCAGAGCGAGACCAGCGAAGGCACGGCCAGAGCGAGACCAGCGAAGGCACGGCCAGAGCGAGACCAGGGAAGGCUCGGCCAGAGCGAGACCAGCGAAGGCACGGCCAGAGCGAGACCAGGGAAGGCACGGCCAGAGCGAGACCAGCGAAGGCACGGCCAGAGCGAGACCAGCGAAGGCACGGCCAGAGCGAGACCAGCGAAGGCACGGCCAGAGCGAGACCAGCGAAGGCACGGCCAGAGCGAGACCAGCGAAGGCACGGCCAGAGCGAGACCAGCGAAGGCACGGCCAGAGCGAGACCAGCGAAGGCACGGCCAGAGCGAGACCAGCGAAGGCACGGCCAGAGCGAGACCAGCGAAGGCACGGCCAGAGCGAGACCAGCGAAGGCACGGCCAGAGCGAGACCAGGGAAGGCACGGCCAGAGCGAGACCAGCGAAGGCACGGCCAGAGCGAGACCAGCGAAGGCACGGCCAGAGCGAGACCAGCGAAGGCACGGCCAGAGCGAGACCAGCGAAGGCACGGCCAGAGCGAGACCAGCGAAGGCACGGCCAGAGCGAGACCAGCGAAGGCACGGCCAGAGCGAGACCAGGGAAGGCACGGCCAGAGCGAGACCAGCGAAGGCACGGCCAGAGCAAGACCAGGGAAGGCACGGCCAGAGCGAGACCAGCGAAGGCUCGGCCAGAGCAAGACCAGGGAAGGCACGGUCAGAGCGAGACCAGGGAAGGCACGGCCAGAGCGAGACCAGCGAAGGCACGGCCAGAGCGAGACCAGGGAAGGCACGGCCAGAGCGAGACCAGCGAAGGCACGGCCAGAGCGAGACCAGGGAAGGCACGGCCAGAGCGAGACCAGGGAAGGCACGGUCAGAGCGAGACCAGCGAAGGCACGGCCAGAGCGAGACCAGCGAAGGCACGGUCAGAGCGAGACCAGGGAAGGCACGGUCAGAGCGAGACCAGGGAAGGCACGGUCAGAGCGAGACCAGCGAAGGCACGGCCAGAGCGAGACCAGGGAAGGCACGGCCAGAGCGAGACCAGGGAAGGCACGGCCAGAGCGAGACCAGGGAAGGCACGGCCAGAGCGAGACCAGGGAAGGCUCGGCCAGAGCGAGACCAGCGAAGGCACGGCCAGAGCGAGACCAGCGAAGGCACGGCCAGAGCGAGACCAGCGAAGGCACGGCCAGAGCGAGACCAGCGAAGGCACGGCCAGAGCGAGACCAGGGAAGGCACGGCCAGAGCGAGACCAGCGAAGGCUCGGCCAGAGCAAGACCAGGGAAGGCACGGUCAGAGCGAGACCAGGGAAGGCACGGCCAGAGCGAGACCAGGGAAGGCACGGCCAGAGCGAGACCAGGGAAGGCACGGCCAGAGCGAGACCAGGGAAGGCUCGGCCAGAGCGAGACCAGCGAAGGCUCGGCCAGAGCGAGACCAGCGAAGGCACGGCCACAGCGAGACCAGCGAAGGCACGGCCAGAGCGAGACCAGCGAAGGUGCGCCUGCAGAGAGGCGAGCAGGCUGCCCGCACAGCACAGCGCACGGCGCUCGGGCGAUCGCGCGGCCCGUGUCCCGGUGUGACCCCGGAGAGAUGGCGGCGGUUGCGCAAGCUGCUCCACCAGGGCUACCAUUGACGUCAGCCGUGCAGAUAGCGGGCCGCGCUACGAAAGGAAGGCACGCCGAGGGAAGGCCGCGGCGAGCCACGGCGACCCGGGAGGUGCGCCGUGGGUGCCCGCGCCAGGACUGCCAACUUACCGCGCACUACUCCAGAGGUGUACGGAAAACGACGGCCCCAGUACGAAUCCCUGCGGGAGCCCGGUUCCUAAGUUUAGCGCCGCUCGCUGUCGGCUACCGGACCAAUCAGUCACCCCUUUCCAGCGCGCUCCAGGUGGCUCCAGCUGCGCCCGCUAACCCCCCUCCCGUCGCAGCACAGGGCUCCUCCGCGCCCUUCACCCUUCUGCCGGAAGCCGGCAGCCAAGUUUUUACUCGGCGCGCCCGCCUUGACGCCGGACGCCGGCCAGCCCCCGAUAUUGCCAAAGUUUUGCGGCCCCGGCGAGUCCUGGGCCGGUCGCCACCCCUCCCACGUGUUGUGUCCGCGCAGUCGUCGCUACAACAGUAA